CUCCGCCUACCUUCUCCCGCGGCGCGGAAGUAGGAGAGGUGGGGGAUGCGCUGAACUCCGCCGGGGUUUCUGUCUCCAGCGCUGUCACAGGUACUUUGGGUCAGGUCUGGAGUCCUCUUCCCUGUGCCCAAUCCAAACGCAUCCUCCCGUCCUCCACCUGCCCAGCGGCGGCCCAGGAUUGCUGGGUGUGGUAUCUGAAAACCAUUUUACCUUAAAAAGGAAAGAUGCUGUCUUCAAAUGAUAAGAAGUUGGAAAAAAUGGAUCCGUUUUAUCGACCUUCAGUGUCCAAACAGAAGACCAGUGCAGAAAUCAUAAGUGAAGCACGAAAUGCGUUAAGAACAGUUAGAACCCAAAGACCGUUUACGCCCCAGGAAGACCAAAGGAAACUAUUUGGACCUGCAUCCUCAAGAACACCAGAAAACAGGCCUCCUUCCUCCUUCAGCCUGCAUGCGUCCAGCUUUGAGUCACCUGACUGUAAGCCGAUCUCUGGCACCCGUCUCAGUCCACUAGAGCUGAAGCCGAAAGCUCCGCCAUCUCCCAGCGCAGAGGAGGAUCCCUGCCUUUCUUUCCCUAAGCCCCCCGUGGACCCUGCGAAGAUUAGAAGAAUAAGCAGUGCCCGGGCGCGCUUAUUCAGGGCAGCCUCCCAGGGGGCUCUGCUGCCGGACAGAACCCUUCCUCCCGCUGAGUUGAAGAAGACAGUGGAAUCCAAAGACACAGUUAUAACGGGGGAUUCGACAGUAAAAACCAAUGGGAUUUAUUUAACAGAAUCAGAUGCCAUUGGCCGUUUAAAAAGCCACCCGCUUCACCUCACGUACGAUGGAGGCUUCAGAGAAAUCAGAGGAGAGCAGGAAGUGAUGAGAGGAGCAUCCUCACCAUCUCACCUGAGAAGCGGAGGGGACCACGGGAAGAGGCGUGCCAGUGCCUCCUCCUGCCCCAGCAGCUCAGACCUGAGCAGGCUGAACACCAAAGCAGUCUCAAAAGCCGACUUGCAAGAAAAGGACACAGAAAUGGGAGCAGACGAAGUCUUUUGGAACACAAGGAUUGCACCAGUUUUGCAUGAAUUAGAAAAAGAAGAGAACAUUGAAACAGUUUGUGCCACUUGCACAGAACUUUAUCAUGCCUUAGAGGAAGGAAAUAUGCUUGGGAAUAAAUUUAAGAGAAGAAGUGUUCUCCUGAAGACGCUCUAUAAACUCGUCGAUGUUGGCUCAGACUUGCUCAGCCUUAAACUCGCAAAAAUUAUCCUAGCACUUAAAGUGAGUAGAAAGAAUCUUCUUAACGUCUGCAAACUUAUAUUUAAAAUCAGCAGGAGCGAGAAGAAUGAUUGUCUGCUUCAAAAUGAAAACAUUCUGGAAUCAUUAUUAGAAGUUCUGAGACGUGAAGUCUUGCAGGAUAACACUGAAGCUUUUUUGUACUGUGUGGGGACUCUCAAAUUCAUAUCUGGAAAUCCAAGAUUUCUUAAUGAGAUAAUCAGCAAAGGUACUCUGGAAAUAUUGACACAUUUGAUAAGACAAAUGAACGACAACUUCAGGAAAUGUGGUGCAUGUUUGCCUGAUUCAGGCCACUUGUUAGUCCAGAUAACUGCUACCUUGAGAAACUUGGUCAAUUCACCACAAGCCAGGAGUCAGUGCCUGGGUGCCAGGACCCUUCCCCAGCUCUGCUUGGUGAUGGAACUGUAUAUGGAUGACAAGGACGCGUGUACCAACAUUGUCCGAAUACUCAGCAAACUAACCUCUUACCAUGACUGCUGUACAGCGCUGGCCAGCUAUUCCAGAUGCUACGCCUUGUUUUUGAGUCUGAUAAACAAAUACCAGAAGAAGCAGGACUUAGUUGUUCGGACUGUUUUCAUCCUUGGCAACCUGACAGCAAAAAACAACCAGGCUCGGGAACGCUUUUCCAGAGAGAAAGCCAGCAUUGGGACCCUGCUGUCCUUAUUUCAAAUCUACCAGCAGCCGGGCUUGCCCUCCCCCGGGCCCCAGCAGCCCACCGCUGGGCUCAGGCUGCCGCCGGAGGCCGAGGAUGUGCUCGUCAAGGUGACCCGUGUGCUGGCCAACAUAGCCAUCCACCCGCGCGUGGGCUCUGCGCUGGCCGCUGACCGGCACGUCGUGGGCCUGCUGCUGACCACGCUGGAAUCCAAGUCACUUGAUGACUGUGAGGAGCUGGUGAUAAAUACAACAGCAGCGAUCAACAAUUUGUCUUUCUACCAAGUGAAGAAUUCCAUCAUCCAAGACAGAAAGCUGUACAUUGCUGAAUUGCUCUUAAAACUUCUUGUAAGCAAAAACAUGGAUGGAAUCCUAGAGGCUGUGCGUGUUUUUGGGAAUCUCUCCCAGGACCAUGACAUCUGCGAUUUCAUUGUGCAGAAAAAUGUGCACAAGUUCAUGAUCGCCCUGCUGGACGCCAAGCACCAGGACCUUUGCUUUUCUGCCUGUGGCGUUCUCCUCAAUCUCACUGUGGACAAAGACAAGCGCAUUGUCCUAAAGGAAGGAGGCGGCAUUAAAAAGCUAAUGGACUGUUUAAGAGAUUUUGGCCCUACUGAUUGGCAGCUGGCCUGCUUGGUCUGCAAAACUUUAUGGAACUUCAGUGAAAAUACCAGCAGUGCUUCGUCCUGUUUUGGAGAUGAGGACACCAACACACUCCUCGUCCUCUUGUCUUCAUUUUUAAAUGAGGAACUAGCACUGGAUAGCAGCUUUGAUCCAGAUCUGAAGAGCUAUCACAGACUUCAGUGGGAAACAGAGUUCAAGCCUGUGGCCCUGCAGCUCCUAAACCGGAUUCAGAGCCGGUACGCCUUGCUGGAACCCCUGCCUGUGCCUUCUUCCUGACGACAGAAACAGGGAGUCGGGUCUCCCUCACUCCUAAGAAGUGGUAACCACUGUGAACUUUUUUAGUAUUAAUGAAAUGUUGCGGGCCGGGGAGGCGGCUCAGCGGCACAGCGCCUGCCUGGCAAGCGCGAGGUCCUGAGUUCGAUUCUCCGUACCCCUCCCCUGCCCAAAUAAAGAAAUAUUGAACGUUUUUAAAUUACGGAUUGUAGUGAAAAGCCUAAGUAUUUUAAGGUAAACGAGCAUUUCUUCUUAUUAGGUGUUAGGGAGAAAAUGAAUGUACAUGUUAUUGAUGAGAAGUGUAAAACAAAAAUGCAUUUUUAAAAACAUGGCUUUUUCUUCUAUUUGGCAAUAAUUUAGCGUUAGUUUUAAAAUUCCAAUUUAACACUUUGUCAGUUUAUUAGUUAAAUGAACUGUUCAGUGAAGACUAUUAUUUUAUUUAUUAAUUUUUUAGGGUAUUAGAUAUUUGACUGUAGAGGGAUGGUAAACAGGGAUGGGACACGUUUCUGCGCAGGCGGUUAUUCUAAUGCUGACAGUGUCAAAAAAUAGGUUUUCUGGUUAGGGACCAGCAUUUUUUGGUCCUAGAAGAGAAAGAAUAGGCAGAAAAAUAGAAUACUGCUGUGAAGCGUCUGCUUUUAUUAAAUGAGUGACGUAGAGGAGAAGGUAUGUUCCCCUGUGUCUUCAGGGACUAGCAGCCCUUACAACCGUCACGCUGGGUGCCCAGCGGGGUCCCACAAUGGGCAGGGUAACAACAGAGGGCAGUCGUAGUGGACCGCAGAGCUGUUUGGAUUCUGAUUUUCCCGUGCUUGGGUUGGCCUUGAGCACUUACAUUGUAAAGUGAGAACAGCGUCUGUUUUGUUACAACGUAGUGUAGAAUCAGCCAUUAAAUGGCCAGGGUGUCCACUCCCGUUUAGUACUUGUGGAAGAGCUAAGUUACACAUUGUAAUGGCAAUUAAUUUCACUGUGUGUAUGUGUGUGUGUGUGUGUGUGUGUGUGUGUGUGUGUGUGUGUGUGGAUAAGUUGGGUUUUGAAUACGUGAUUUAAAAAUGCAAAUCAAAAUUACUGUUGUUAUCCCUCCUGGCCAAAUGAAGAUUUGGAAAUCAAAGUCAGUUUAUAACUCUGCUUAGGGAGAAGCUGUGAAUAGCUCUUACCCUGAACGUAAACAGGCAGCCGUCCCAGACUGAUGGGUGUUGAAGCCCGUUAGUAAGCUCCAUUUCAGUCAUGUGGGACUCAUCCAUGGCUGGGGCUCAGCAAAAUCCCAAAGGCACUUUUCACUGCAUUGUAGUCCAUAAUCUGUAAGUGCACGCUGGUAGAGUCAGUCCAAUAGUUGAAAUCACUUUGAGCCUGAAGGACUAAUCUCCAAAAUAUUUCAGGAUAAAAGUCUGUGUUAGAUCCAUAGCAAGCAAACAAUCAAGCCCUUCCUCACCCAAGAUAUGCUCCCCGCCCCCCCGGAAUUUAUAAAAACUCACUGUAUGAUACCCUUAGACCUAGUCUCCUUGCCAAAAAGCUCCCCUGCAGACUUGUGUAAACUGGACUGUUUGCAACGACCCACUUCCUUUAAAAGUUUUUGCCGUUGAAAAAACAUAAUACAUAUAUAAAACCUCCCAUCUUAAGUAUGCAUGUGGCGUAACUGCUUUUAAUUGUAAGAUUCAGUGGUGUUAAAUAAAUUCACACUAUUUUGCACCCUGACUGUAGAACUUUUUCAUCUUACAAAAUGAAACUCUAUACGUCUUCAACAAUUCCAUACUUCCUGUCCUGGAAAACACCACUGUCCCUUCUGAUUAGCACAAGAUCUGUGAUCAUAAACAUGGAAUCAGGCAGUAUAUUUUCAUUUUGUUUUUGUGUUUUUAUUUUUUUAUUCUGUAACUUUGCUGAACUUAAAAAAAUUUUGUUCUAAUAGUUAUUUUCUUAUGAGAACAUGCUAUCUGUAGAGAUAAUUUUACUUCUUCCUUUCCUGUGGUGCUAUUUAUUUCUUGGCUAAUUUUUUGGGCCAGGACUUUGCAGAACUAUAUUAAUAAAAGUGAUAAAACCAAA